UUCAGGGCAGUUUGGAGGGUUGCACUUUCUGUCAGCCAGGGCUCAGAGAGGGGAGCAACAGCCCAGAGAAGGAGAGAGUAAAUGCAGGGGGGGUUUGCCGGUUUUUAAUCCCAAUCCCACGCGUGAAGAAAGUGCCUCUCCGUUUUACUGAGGAUGGAGAAUGCGCACAGCAAAGAGUCUGCCGAAGUUCUGGCCCACUUUGGCGUCACUGAAGACACUGGCCUGUCACCUGAUCAGGUGAAGAGGAACCUGGAAAAAUAUGGCUUCAAUGAGUUGCCGGCAGAGGAAGGGAAAAGUAUCUGGGACUUGGUUGUGGAGCAAUUUGAGGAUCUGUUGGUUAGAAUCCUGCUGCUGGCUGCAUGCAUCUCCUUUGUGCUGGCCUGGUUUGAGGAGGGCGAAGAAACGGUCACUGCCUUCGUCGAGCCCUUUGUCAUCCUGCUCAUCCUCAUCGCAAACGCCAUUGUGGGCGUGUGGCAGGAGCGAAAUGCAGAGAGUGCCAUUGAGGCCCUGAAGGAGUACGAGCCCGAAAUGGGGAAGGUUUACCGGGCAGACAGGAAGAGUGUGCAGAGAAUCAAGGCCAGGGAGAUCGUUCCUGGGGAUGUGGUAGAGGUAUCAGUUGGUGACAAAGUGCCAGCUGACAUCAGGAUCAUCUCCAUCAAAUCUACAACGCUGCGUGUGGAUCAGUCCAUCCUCACUGGGGAGUCUGUCAGUGUCAUCAAGCACACUGAUGCUGUCCCGGACCCACGAGCUGUCAAUCAGGACAAGAAGAACAUGCUGUUCUCUGGGACCAACAUUGCUGCAGGUAAAGCCACUGGCAUUGCUGUUGCAACGGGAGUAACCACCGAGAUUGGUAAGAUUCGUGACCAGAUGGCCGCGACUGAGCAGGAGAAGACUCCACUGCAGCAAAAGCUUGAUGAGUUUGGAGAGCAACUCUCUAAGGUCAUCUCCCUCAUUUGUGUGGCUGUGUGGAUAAUCAACAUCGGCCACUUCAAUGACCCAGUCCAUGGGGGUUCCUGGAUGCGUGGAGCAAUCUACUAUUUCAAGAUUGCUGUGGCUUUAGCCGUGGCUGCCAUCCCUGAAGGGUUGCCUGCUGUCAUCACCACCUGCCUGGCCCUGGGAACGCGUCGGAUGGCCAAAAAGAAUGCCAUUGUCAGAAGCCUGCCCUCUGUGGAAACUUUGGGGUGCACCUCUGUCAUUUGCUCUGACAAGACUGGAACCCUCACCACCAACCAGAUGUGUGUGACCAAGAUGUUCAUCAUUGAUAAAGUGGAGGGGGACAAUGUUGCCCUCGGUCAGUUUGACAUUUCAGGGUCAAAGUACACCCCCGAAGGAGAAGUCACGCGGAACAGUUCGCUUGUAAAGUGCGGCCAAUAUGACGGAUUGGUGGAGCUGGCAACCAUCUGUGCCCUGUGCAACGACUCAUCACUGGACUACAAUGAGUCUAAGGGUAUUUAUGAGAAGGUUGGUGAGGCCACUGAGACAGCUCUGUGCUGUUUGGUGGAGAAAAUGAACGUCUUCAACACUGACGUGCGCGGCCUGUCUAAAGUGGAGAGAGCCAACACCUGCUGCUCUGUGAUUAAGCAGCUGAUGAAGAAGGAAUUCACUUUGGAGUUUUCCAGAGACAGGAAGUCCAUGUCCGUCUACUGCACACCUGCCAAGUCAGCCAAAGCUCCCGUUGGGAGCAAGAUGUUUGUGAAAGGAGCUCCUGAAGGUGUGAUUGAUCGCUGUUCGUACGUCCGUGUGGGAACCAACCGUAUCCCGCUGACUAGUCCCGUCAAAGACCAUAUCAUGUCCGUCAUCAAGGAAUGGGGUACCGGGCGAGACACCCUCCGCUGUCUGGCAUUAGCCACCCGAGACACCCCUCCGAGGAAGGAGGAGAUGAACCUGGAGGACUCCAAUCAUUUUGUAGAUUACGAGACUGAUUUGACCUUUGUGGGAUGUGUUGGGAUGCUGGAUCCUCCUCGUAAAGAGGUCACAAGCUCCAUUGAGCUGUGCAGAGCUGCUGGAAUCCGCGUCAUCAUGAUCACCGGUGACAACAAGGGGACGGCUGUGGCCAUCUGCCGCCGCAUUGGCAUCUUCACCGAAGAAGAGGAUGUCACUGGGAAAGCUUUCACUGGUCGUGAGUUUGAUGAUCUGUCUCUCUAUGAGCAGAAGAAUGCCGUCAGGAAGGCUUGCUGCUUCGCCAGAGUAGAGCCAUCUCACAAGUCUAAGAUUGUUGAGUUCCUGCAGGGCUUUGAUGAGAUUACUGCCAUGACUGGUGACGGAGUAAAUGAUGCCCCUGCCUUGAAGAAAGCGGAGAUUGGCAUCGCCAUGGGCUCUGGCACUGCCGUUGCCAAGUCUGCCUCCGAGAUGGUCCUGGCUGACGACAACUUCUCUUCCAUUGUAUCUGCUGUUGAGGAGGGCAGAGCCAUAUACAACAACAUGAAGCAGUUCAUCCGCUACCUCAUCUCCUCCAAUGUCGGCGAGGUUGUCUGCAUCUUUCUGACUGCUGCUCUGGGUCUACCUGAGGCUCUGAUCCCCGUUCAGCUUCUCUGGGUCAACCUUGUGACUGAUGGUCUGCCUGCCACAGCACUGGGGUUCAACCCUCCUGACCUGGACAUCAUGGGGAAAGCCCCCCGCUCCCCAAAAGAGCCCCUCAUUUCUGGCUGGCUUUUCUUCAGAUAUCUGGCCAUUGGUGGUUAUGUCGGUUCAGCGACUGUUGCAGCAGCUGCUUGGUGGUUCCUGUACUGUGACGAAGGUCCAAUGGUCACUUUCUACCAGCUGUCCCAUUUCAUGCAGUGCAGCGAGGACAACGAGGACUUUGACGGCAUCCGCUGUGAGGUGUUCGAGUCAGCUCCACCCAUGACCAUGGCUCUGUCUGUGUUGGUCACCAUUGAGAUGUGCAACGCUCUGAACAGUUUAUCUGAGAACCAGUCCCUGGUCCGUAUGCCCCCUUGGAGCAACCUGUGGCUGAUGGGUGCUAUGAGCCUCUCCAUGUCUCUUCACUUCAUGAUCAUCUACGUGGACCCUCUGCCCAUGAUCUUCAAGCUCACUCACUUGAAUCUGGAGCAAUGGCUGAUGGUGCUGAAACUCUCCUUCCCAGUCAUUCUUAUUGAUGAGCUUCUCAAGUUUGUGGCUCGUACAUACCUGGAAGGGAAAGUCUAAAGGCGAUGGAGACCUGAAGAAUCUGAGGCGAGGAGGGCGGCGAGACUCGGAGGACAGAGAGAGACAAGCGCUCCGUGUGAACGAGAGGGCGCCAGAAGUCACAUGAUCAAUGGAAUGAAUACAAAAGUGAUUUGAAAAUACACACCAAAAAAAAAAAAAAAAA